UUCAAAAUCAGCUGAGACUUUAGAGGAAGAAGACAGUUUAGAAAAAGUGGAUGCAGUUGUUUGGACAUAAUUCAUUGUUUUUGCUUAUAUGAAUGUUGUAGUCGUGAUUCCUGUUGAGGGCAAUAAAGGGAAGUCCUAAGAACUGCUAAAAAAAAAAAAAAAAUAGCCAACCCUAACCACUAAGGUGAAUCAGCGUGAACAUGGAGGAUCAAGGGAAGAGCUAUGACCCAUUAGACACCACUCUGACAUUUGUCAACAGGAAGAAUGACCUGGAUCCAGUGGCCUCAGACGACAACGACAGCUCCCUCAAAGCUCAGAUGUCCUGUGGUCACGCCGUCACCCCUGAUGUGCUAACAGACGUGUGUCGCCACCAACUGAAUCAGGGUAAUUACAAAUUCAAAUGCCCUGCAGUGGUGGAGGAACACCCCACUAUAAGGCUGUGUAAUAGCCCAUGGUCAUACCAGGAGGUGCGCAGGUUGGCUGAUCUGUCUGUGGAGGAAAUGCAGUACUUUGAGGAGAACAUCGCCCGUCUGGCUGCUGCAGAAUACUGUGAAAUUCAGACGUGUCCUCAGUGUAAAACCAGUGUGGAGCGGAAGGAUCUGUCCAACCUGUGUGUCCGCUGCACCAUCUGUACAUCCGAACAGAAGAAGAUCUAUGACUUCUGCUGGCAGUGUCGUAGGAAGUGGAAAGGUCCUGGUCCGCGCUCUGACCGUUGCGAUAACCAUGGCUGCAACAACCAGGACCUGCAGCUUCUUCGGACCUGCCAGAUGACGGACCUCCCUCAGGUGCGGGGGGUCGGUGCGGUUCCCUCCAUCCGAGCCUGUCCGACAUGUGGUCAGACGGUCGAGCACGACAAAACCGGCUGCAAGAACAUCACAUGUCCGCGCUGUCAGGUGGAGUUCUGCUUUGUGUGUCUGAAGGUCACGCCUAAAUGUCUGGAGACCAGCACUCAUUUCAUGCCCUGCAGUGACGGAGUGGCUCCCAGACAAACCUCCAUACCAGUGUGGCACCGCAAGUGAGAGGAGGAAAGUUGUUUUUGUCUUUAACCACCAUGAAAUACUCAUUUUAAGUGUGUUUUUAAGUAUAAUGUGGAAGUACAGGAUAAUUAAUUAACAAAUAACACAGAAAAUUUUCUUUAUUAACCCAUAAAGACCCAAACAGCCACUGGAGACCUAUAGCAUCUACUGGUAUAAACUAUUUAACACCUGUUGAUCCACUAAUCCUAUCAAUACAUAUAAAUAAUUGGUGUAAAAUACAGUUUAUCAUCUUUUCAUGGUCAUCAGAUAUGACCCAUUUGGAUGUUCAGAGGCUCUGUA